AUGAAUAUUCCUCCACAAGUUGAUUCUUAUGUCUUGCGCUGGCUAAACAGCCUCCCCAACUGCCAACCUUCCAACUCCUCUACAUGGCAAAACUCGCCGCCGAUACGUGAUCAAGACGAUCAAGACAAUCGAGACGACCGCGGCGACAACAAUCAGAAAGGUCCCGAAGACCUCUGCACGAGCUCUCAAUUCCGCAUCCAACGUCUCUCUUCCCCAUCUCAAGACCCGACCCGGCCCUCAAAGCGACGUCGUUCUCCUCCCCAACUUCCGACACCGCCCGCUUCGCUUGGUCAGCCUAUGGCUUCGGAAUCUGAACAGGGCCCUCGGACGCCCUUGGGCUCCCCUUCUAAAAGGCGACGCAUUCUUGUAGAUCCUCACGCGACGCCUACGCCCGCGCCUCAUACUGUCGCCCCAUCCGAUUCGGCGUCUCAGGCCCCUAGCCUCACGAGCUCGACCAGCGCAACAUCUUUGAGGAGCUCAGGCAGGUCUUCUCCAACUAAGCAAUUCGGAAGGCUCGAGCUCCAUAACCCUCUAAAAAUCCACUUUGACGACUUCGAUGGUGUCGGCACCGACCUCGGCAGUGGUGUCAACGUUCUACCGCCAGGGCUACAGGAGGUUCGUCGUCAACUGGCGGCCUUCAGCAUCAACCAGAAUAUCAUUCCCCGCAGAGAUCAGGCAGCUGUCGCCUCCCUUCUCCAAGGAUCUCCAUACCCCAUUACCGAUGCCGCAUAUUACGAUGACGAAGAACCUUUUCGAGUCGGCCCUAUAGUCUCCUUGUCCGAUAUUAGUACGAUUGUGAAGGCUUCCCGCCGCUGCCGGGCAGAUCGAGCUGCCGAGAUUGUUUGGAAUGUCGAAGUGCACCAAGAGAUGCUUCGCAGAGCUCUUCGAAAGAACCUUUGCGACAUCGAGUCUGGCACGACCAACUUCACAAUUUGCACCUCCGCCUCCAUUCAUAAUCACGUGGCCAAGCGAUCCUCGACCAAGAUGAUUGACUUUUGUUUAUACAUCGAUACCGACGUGCUCAACCACGACGAACCGGGCGUCGCCCCCGCUGUCGAGAGACUGCGCGCAAGAUCGCCUACAGAAAGCGUUAAUCACACCGGCUUCGCCACCCUUCGGAAACAUCCUGUAGCCCUCAGCAUCGAGUCUAAGAAGUCGGACGGGAGCCAGGACGAGGCCAUUCUCCAGAUCGGGACAUGGCAAGCCGCACAGUUUCUAUUCCUGUCCAAAAUGCAAGCUGCCAAAGGUCGAGAGCUGCAAGGGCUGGAGUUUCUGCCGGGGUUGAUCGUUCAGGGCGCCGACUGGCACUUUGUCGCCGCAACCAGGCGGGGCGACGAGACGAUUGUAUGGACCAAGCAGCCGAUUGGGUCUACCACGUCCCCGCUCGGUACCUACCAAGUCAUUCGGUCAAUUCAGUAUCUGGCAUGGUGGUGCCAAGAGGUAUACUGGACAUGGUUCGCGCAGAACAUGCUUGACUUGGUAUACGUCGAAGAGGCAUUGCCUUCAGCGGUUACGGGGUAG